GAGAGAGAGAGAGAGAGAGAGGCUGCUGGGAGGAGUGACUGAGAGCGAAGCAGGCAAGAAGAAACAAGGAACACAUUUUAGAAGAGCAGGAAAAGGGAGGAUCGCAGACAGGAGACUCUCUGGAUUGUCUGUCUGUUGGGCACCUGGGACACUGUCAUUGUGCUUCUCAUUAUAUUUUUUCUCUCUUUUCCUCUGAACCAGUGGACCGGUGGAGAUUCCUUUUUUUCUUGGUGCCAUAUCAAUUAGGAGCUGGGAUUGUUUCUGUGUAAUCUGCUCCUCUCUGGCUGAACUGUUACACACUGAGAUUGCUCCUGCCUGAUACUGACUCUUCCCAAAGUGUAUCUGUUAGCACGCCGCUGAGGAUAUAUCCUGUGUCCGACAGUACAACACAAGAGCAGCUGGGAUAUCAGACUACAGAGGAGAGAGAGAAAGAGAAAGAGAGAGAGAACUGUUAGAGAGAGCAGCCGAUUGAGCGACAGAGAGUGUGAGAGAGGUUGAAGCCGAGGCGCGAGCCAGUGAGGGACAGACAGGACACGCAGCAGCUUCCGUUUGUAACACUCCAGGAGAUUUAACUAAAAGGCAUCGUCAGGCAGGAGCUACCCCCACAGAGGCAACCCCUCUCCCAGCCACUCUCCGUCAGACGAACCCUGCCUGCUCCGGAGGACCAGCAGUGCUACAAGACACCAGUGUGGACGGGGGAAAAAAAGGGACCUACAGUCAGAGAGCCGAGCCCCAGUACUACUAACGCUCGUCCUCCGCCUCCGCGCAACCAUUCCCUGCCACGGCGCUAAGGAUUCCAGCUACAUGGGCAAGCGAUUGGAACAGCAACCAAUGUACCCUCAGUACACAUACUACUACCCCCACUACCUCCAGACCAAGCAGCCCUAUGCUCCACCCCUCCACCCCAUGGCUCCGCCCAGCCCCAGCCACAACAGCUGCAGUCACGGCGGAUCCGAGCUGCUGAGUAAAACGAACCUGUACAUUCGAGGCCUGCCCCCGGGGACCACGGACCAGGAUCUCAUCAAGCUCUGCCAACCAUAUGGAAAAAUUGUGUCAACCAAGGCGAUCCUGGACAAGAACACCAACCAGUGCAAAGGAUAUGGCUUCGUGGACUUUGAUAGCCCAGCUGCAGCACAAAAGGCGGUGUCGUCUCUCAAAGCCACCGGGGUGCAGGCUCAAAUGGCUAAGCAACAGGAGCAGGACCCCACCAACCUGUACAUCUCCAACCUGCCUGUAUCCAUGGAUGAGCAGGAGCUGGAGAACAUGCUGAAGCCGUUCGGUCACGUCAUCUCCACGCGCAUCCUGAGAGACGCCAACGGGGUCAGCAGAGGGGUCGGCUUCGCCAGGAUGGAGUCGACGGAGAAAUGUGAAGUGGUGAUACAGCAUUUCAAUGGGAAAUACCUGAAAACCCCACCAGGCAUUCCAGCCCCCAAUGAGCCUUUACUGUGCAAAUUCGCUGAUGGAGGGCAGAAGAAACGCCAGAGCCAGAGCAAGUACCCACAGAACGGGCGGCCAUGGCACAGGGAAGGCGAGACUGGUAUGCAGUUAACAUAUGAUCCUGCUGCUAUGCAGAACGGGUUCUACUCCUCGCCUUACAGUAUCGCCACCAACCGCAUGAUCGCACAGACGUCCAUCACGCCCUUCAUCGCUGCUUCCCCCGUCUCCACAUAUCAGGUCCAGAGUACGUCAUGGAUGCCUCAUCAACAAUAUGUUAUGCAACCUACAGGUGCAGUGAUCACCCCAGCCAUGGACCACACCAUGUCCAUGCAGCCUGCCAACAUGAUGGGCCCGCUCUCCCAGCAGAUGAACCAUCUGUCCCUGGGCACUACAGGAAGUUACAUGACUGCUGCGGCUGCCGGGGCGUCUAUGCAAGGGACCUACAUUCCUCAGUACACGCCUGUGCCUCAGACAGCCGUCCCCGUUGAAGGAGUGGUCACGGAUGCCUCUCCUCAGUCAGUGGCCCCCUCGUCGCAUGACGUGAGUGGGCAGCAGCAUCAGAUCCAGGUGGACGGGCCCGGCGACCAUGUUGCUUACUCAUACCAGUCCAAAUAGCGGCAGAUGAGGAGAAUAUUCCUGUGACAGUGUUGCCUUGAGACAGGGGGGUUGGCUGCACUGAGAAUGUGGAGAGAAGAGAGAUUGCUUCCAGAUUGCCCAGGCACCAAAAAAGAGACACUUUUUCAUUUCCUACCUGGCCUAAGAGAGUUACAGAGAGAGAGAAAGAAAGAGAGAAAGAAAGAGAGAAAGAGAGGAGGGAGGGUGGGUUGGGGGGGUGAAGUCGCUGGGCACAGUGCAAAGAGUUGAAAAUGUUUAGUCUGGCAACCUGCCUGGUGGGCUGGGCUUCAGCUUGACUUACUCAACUGAAAAAAAUAAAAAUAAAUAGGGAAAUGUUCAAUGCGCAGGUAGGUAGGUGAUGAGUUUUAUUUUGUAAUUAGAAAAGGGGAAGUCAAAGUUUGAGAUACACAAAGAUUGUCUUCCUUAGAUAUUAAGCUAUGAUUUCUUUUCACUUUUUUUUCUCUUGUUAAAUUUGAGUUUUCUAGAUAUAUUCGAAAUAAGUGUUUUUCUUUCUUGAAUCUUCAUGGCCUUAAUUUUAAGGGCGUCGGAUGACUUUUUACAGAGAGUAAAGUCUGGCGUCUCGUUGAAAAUAAAAAGCGAUCUAAAUCAGUCUCUUGGACCACUUUGAUGGUACAUGACACUGCAGGGGUUGAGCUAGAGACAUUAAAACAAAGUCUAUCACAUAAGCUGUACAGAUUUAAUAGACAGGAGUUUCUUUUUCUUUUCUUCGUUAGAAGAAAACUUUGAUAAAUAAUUAUGUCAGAGGUUACUAAAUCUAAGAGAAAAAAAGUAAAUGUCUGCUAAGGAAAAGAGUGGGAAAAGGUAAAAGCUUUGAGGAGAUUUUUCACAAUGAGGAGGGAAAAAAAGACACUGCAUUGUAGAAGAUGCAGUCGGUUGCAAAUGCUGAACUUGUUUUUAUUAUCAUAAUUAUUAUUUUACAUGGCAAGAUUGCUGUUGAUGACAUUAGUGCUUUUAUCUGCUACAUUUGACCUUUUUUUAUGAGCUUGAUGGUGUUUUUAGCCCGCUUUGCUUGUCACACUAUAAAAAAAAAGAACAAAGAAAAGAAAGAAAAAAAAUCUAAAACAAACAUAAAACGGUAGGAAAAAAAAUGUGCGCAAGUGAUAAACUUCGUAGAUUGAGUAGGAGCUUACGGUUUAAACCAAUCAGUGCAAAAGCAAUAGAAGAAAUUGUUGACAAUUUCUGUAGUCUUUCCUAGUUGUGGAUCAAAUGCAGCCCAAGGAUGGCCAUUUUUAUACCAAAGAUGAAGAGACACUCUGAUCCAGAGUUUUGUUGUUUUUCAGUUAGAUUUUGUUGUUGAUGCUGUUGAUGUUAUUGUUGAUAUUGUUGUUGUUGCUGUUGUCAUUGUUGUGUUUAAUUUGACCUUGAUGGCCGGACCAGUCCGUACUUUUCCUUUCAUUACAAUUACACGUUUUUGGCUAAAGCUACCUUCCACGGUUGUCGAAACUAUCACACUGACGUCAAAACAGUAUUUGAACGUAUGAUGCAACGAGUGGCAGUUCGACCUAAUGUCCCUCUCUGCCACUUAAAUGGUCUUUCCGCCUCUCAUCUGUCGUGUUCCACUCUUUCGCCAACUAUGGGGGCAUUCCACCAGUCAACAGUAAACACUAUAGGAAAUAUUGGGUAAUGUUGCAGCUCGCUCCUCGGUCAUUAAUGCUUCGCUUCUGGCUUUGUUGGCUCCCUGAUCUCUGCCUCGACGCCGUCGCUUCAUCUCAUUGGAUCAAUGACAACUGAACAAAACGGAUACAUUUUCUCCCCUCCCCGGGAGUCUCAUCGACGUUACCCUGCAUUCCCCCCCCCCCCUCUCCAGUCAUCCAGACAACACAUAAUAGCAAAACUCUCCGGCACUCUCUCGUUUGUCUGCAUGGACGUCAAACAUGUCCUGCUAUCCCAGGCACGAUGUACUUCGGAGGACAGGAACUUCAUUCAAGACAAGCAUUGACACGUUAACCUCUGGUGCGCUCCGGUGCUUAAUAUAUCUCUGAACUCCAAACAUACAAAACGAACACAUGGAAGCAUAGUAGUGUUAUCUGCUUUAGCAAACAUUAUCUCUCUUGAAGAUCCAUAUUUAUGGGUUGGAUAAACACUACUGUACUCAGACCUAAGGGGUUAUUUUCCAGACAGAAUAGUGCACUACAGUAAUGUUGACAGUAACCUUUCAGCCAAGCCUAAAAAGCCCGUCUUCUCCGCCUCUAGACUCAGUAGCCUGUAACCAUCUCUGCCCCACUCCUUUCAGUCUUUCAUCAAACCCCUAUCCUCAUUACAGUACCCUGUGUCUGGAGCGCUGUGUGUCUCUAUCCCCAUUACAGUACCCUAUGUCUGGAGCGCUGUGUGUCUCUAUCUCCAUUACAGUACCCUGUGUCUGGAGCGCUGUGUGUCUCUAUCCCCAUUACAGUACCCUGUGUCUGGAGCGCUGUGUGUCUUUAUCCCCAUUACAGUACCCUGUGUCUGGAGCGCUGUGUGUCUCUAUCCCCAUUACAGUACCCUGUGUCUGGAGCGCUGUGUGACUCUAUCCCCAUUACAGUACCCUGUGUCUGGAGCGCUGUGUGUCUCUAUCCCCAUUACAGUACCCUGUGUCUGGAGCGCUGUGUGUCUCUAUCCCCAUUACAGUACCCUGUGUCUGGAGCGCUGUGUGUCUCUAUCCCCAUUACAGUACCCUGUGUCUGGAGCGCUGUGUGUCUCUAUCUCCAUUACAGUACCCUGUGUCUGGAGCGCUGUGUGUCUCUAUCCCCAUUACAGUACCCUGUGUCUGGAGCGCUGUGUGUCUCUAUCCCCAUUACAGUACCCUGUGUCUGGAGCGCUGUGUGUCUCUAUCCCCAUUACAGUACCCUGUGUCUGGAGCGCUGUGUGUCUCUAUCCCCAUUACAGUACCCUGUGUCUGGAGCGCUGUGUGUCUCUAUCCCCAUUACAGUACCCUGUGUCUGGAGCGCUGUGUGUCUCUAUCCCCAUUACAGUACCCUGUGUCUGGAGCACUGUGUGACUCUAUCCCCAUUACAGUACCCUGUGUCUGGAGCGCUGUGUGUCUCUAUCUCCAUUACAGUACCCUGUGUCUGAAAUGGGACCUUAUUGCCUAUAUAGUGCACUACAUUUGACCAGGCACUGCAUCUCAGUGCAAAAGGCAUCACUACAGUACCUGGGUCGAAUCCAGGCUACAUCACAUCCGGCCAUGAUUGAGAGUCCCAUAGGGCGGCACACAAUUGUCCCAGCGUCGUCCGGGGUAGGCCGUCAUUGUAAGUAAGAAUUUGUUCUUAACUGACUUACCUAGUUAAAUAAAGGUGAAGUAAAAUUAAAUAAAUAGGGCUCUGGUCAUAAAAUGGGGCUCCAUGUUAAGAAUAGGGUUCCAUUCCGGACAACACCUCUGGGUCCCUGCCUGCCUGCUCACUGUGGUGCUAGAGCCAUAAAAAGGCACCACUAAUUUGACCAGGCUUCACUCUCUCUCUUCUCUCACUCUUCCUCGGUGAGGUUUUCCCUCUUUAUUGGAUACUGCAGGAGCUGAACCACAAAACCAAUUUUAGUCACAUUCUCAAUGAGCCUUGACGGGGCCCAAUUUGUCUCCCCUCAGGGCAUUGGGAUCCGCUCCAGUGUCCCCCAAAGCCUCUUUUUUAGAGAAAAAGAGGGAUUUUUGGUGUUCUUUUUUUCCGUUAACAAUUGCACGUUUUGAGAUCCAGCAGUUCGUGUGACUCAAAGGCAGGCUGUGCAUUGCGUUCUGGGAAAGAUGGCAGUGACAUCAUGGGUCAGCUAUGACAUCGCACACAGAAAUGUCUGUAACAAUGUAAUUGUUCAUCGAGUGCCUUUUAACGAAGCUUCCAAAUGAUUCCAAUAUCUACAGGAUAGAAAAAAAGCACACGGAAAAGCUAUCUUAUAUAAGGGAACCGUACAUUUUUGAAGGAGUUGUGCUAAACUAGUACAAAUGUACAACCUACUCUAAGGUGCUACAGUGAAAGCUGUCUUGGGCAUGUGCCUGCUUUGUGUCCGUUGGUCUGUGACGCACUGGCUAUUGUCGAUCAACAUUCAUUUACUACAGUGGCUCAUCCCAUUGGGUUGUGCUUUUCACAACCAAUAGAAAACGGGCCCAUCGUGAACUACGUGGUCUACAUCGUGAGCUGCCAUCAUAACCACCGUAACACAGGCAAUGCAAUCGGAGAAAAUAUAACCAUUCGACAAUCUGUUGUCCCGUAAAACAUUCGACCCACAUGUCUUCCAUCCCAAUGACAAGUCAAUGAUCAAAUUUACUGCACCAAUCUACCAACACCAGAGCUACUCAGCUGACCCACUGUCCCCAAACACCUCUCUCUUUCCUCUUUUCACUCACCCUGUCACUUCCCCUCAUCUUCUGCUUUUACUUUGCGAGUACAGAAAACUUUGAGAUCACAGGAUAUAUAUACGCAGUCACCCACUUUACAAUUCCAACAGACAAACAAACCCAAAACGUCUCUGCCGUUUUCACACCAGUGACAACAACCUGUGUACAUUUCUGCACGUCUCUCCGGGUAAUAACAUUUUUUUUUUUUUCGUGAGCAGGCGAGCUGCUACAGUAGGAGGUGUCCAGAUCUUAAGCUAGACCGUCGGUCGGGGUCGACGUUUGCUUCUCAACCUCCAUGGCGUUCAAACUGUACCUGAAACAAUGUGCUCUACAUCAUAGACCACUCUUACAGCUGCUACUUUAAGAGACAGACUAAAGAAGAAACCAUUGAUUCACUGUAGGAAUCUGACCGCACCUCACCUUUGACCACAAAGGUCAACACGCUACACAUAUUGUCACCGUCUAAGAUUCAAUAGCAAUGACAUACAAGGAAGAUUAGGUGACAAAUAGAAAUGACCCAAAAAAAGCACACAACAGAACUGUAUUACGCUCCAAAUUGCUACCAGAGAUUCAAGAAAGACAAAACAUUGAAGUGAGGAGAGGUUUCCCUCAAUGGGGUAAGAGCGAUAUCGAUGAGGUCAUUACGUGGUUGAAAUGGCAGUAUCAAGACUGACUGAACUCCUCUCUUAUUCUACGCUAGUUGUAGCACAAUGGCCGGGCAAGAUGCCUGCGAAGCAUGUACAGUGAUUCUCAUUGCGUUUUAGGGAGCUGCAGUUAAAGAUCUAGCUCGCUAGCCUAUGUGUCAGAACAAACCAGCCAGAGAGGGUCAUUGGCUCAACUACAUUCGCUGACACACACACAUACUCACUAUUGCCAGACAUUUCUGAGUAUCACACACACACACACACACACACACACACACACACACACACACACACACACACACACACACACACACACACACACACACACACACACACACACACACACACACACACACACACACACACACACACACACACACACACACACACACACACACACACACACACACACACACACACACACACACAGUGUUUCAGUCAGUGUUGUUAGUCUUCUCAUUAUCUCUUCAUCAGAGUACGGUUAUCAGUCUGCUCUUCAUUGCUUACCAUCAUAGUCUCAGUUACUUUAGGCUCCGCGGGGCCAACUUCCACGUGAGUAAAAUGUUCACGUUCUCUCCCAUUGACAUCAAUGCAUCACGAACCUAAACAUAGACUUUGGAAGUUAGGAUUCGCCCCGAUGUCUUUGGUAUCUCCAGAGCAGCCUAGUUCCGUUUCAGUCGACUGUGUCUAUUCCAGGCUGUGGGCCACAGAGCUGCUUCAUUUCACUGCCCUUUUAAGACCGUCCACUUCUCCAAUCCGUCCCAUGUUGUGUCUGUCUCACUGCCUCCGUCCUUAGGAGCGUUAUUCACCACAAUGGCAUUCCAAGUUGAUCAAUGUCAUACCCCAUUGUCAUAGGCUUCUUGUGAUUUCCCACAUUGUGACUAGACAGUGGUUUAGAGAAGACUGGCCCUGUGUCCAAAAUGGACCCUAUGUCUAUAUAGGGGAUACUGUGUCCUAUAUCGGCACCCUAUUCUCCAUACAAUGCACAACUGGACUGUAUUAUGACAGACGGUGCCUCAGAGUUGGGACUCCCGCAGUGUGACAGGAGAGCUCCGGGCUCGAUAUAACUCAACACUCUUUCAGCUCUUACCACCACGUAAUUCAGUGGGGAAAUUGCUCCCCCCCCCCCCAAAAAAAUGUGUCCCACGCUUUUUAAUUGAUGCUCCGGUUCACCUUUGACGGGAGGCAUCGAUUGGCCACACAUCCCCAGGAGCUCAGCCAACUGGCUAACCUAACACACACCUUCCUCGGAAUGAAAUGGCUCCCAGAGACGUCAAACACUAUUGAGUAACUAUCAUUAGAAAUGGCCAACCAAAUUUGCUGAAGAAACCUCCAGAACUUUCAUUAAGCGUCAGGAUUAUUAUACAAUUUUAAAAAAGAGGAAUAUUUAUUAGGACAGCAAAGCGGUUCUUAGAUAUUUUUUUGUUUAGUUCUGUUCUUUGUUGUUUUUCUAUUUUUGCUUUUCUUUGGGUCAGCGCAGAGGAGGAUGUGGUCAUGCCUUAUGCACGCCACUCAGUGUGUGCGAUCCUUGAUAAAUAUCUGUACAUCUGUGGAUGUUAGGAUUAAACUUCGGUUUUAAUGAGUUGUUUUUUUUCUCUGAAGCUUUCAAUAAAAAAAUGUGGAAAAAAUA